GCCGGCGCCGCCAUCGCCGCGCUGCAGACCUGGUACGACGAAAAGACGGGGCUCUGGGACCUCGCGCCGGAAGGCGCCCAAUGGUGGAACUCCGCGAACUGCCUCGAGCUCGUCUGCAACUACGUGAUCCACGAGAACGGCGCCGCCGACGACCUCCUCGCGGUCAUCAACGCGACCUUUUCGCUGACGACGCUGGAGGAGACGUUGACGGGCCGCUACGACGACGAGGGCUGGUGGUGCCUCGCGCUCGUCCGCGCGUACGAGGCCGCGGGCGACGCGGCCUACCUGGACCGGGCGGCGAAGAUCUUCGCGGACCUGGCGGUCCACGCCUGGGACGACGCCUGCGGCGGCGGCGUCUGGUGGAGCUACGCGAAGAGCUACAAGAACGCGAUCACGAACGAGCUCUUCUUCGCCAUGGCCAUGAAGCUCCACGGCGCGGCGGGGCCGGACGUCGUCGUCGCCGGGCGGACGUACCUCGACUGGGGGCGGGCGACCUGGGCCUGGUUCGAGCGAUCGGGCCUCGUCAACGGCGCGGACCUCGUCAACGACGGCCUCGUGUCGUCGGGCGCGGACCCGUCCUGCGCGAACAACGGCCAGCAGGUCUGGUCCUACAACCAGGGCGUCGUCCUGGGCGGGCUCGCCGAUUUAUACAAAGAGACGCGGAACUCGACGCUGCUGGACGCGGGCCUCGCGAUCGCGACCGCCGCGACGGACGCGCUCGCGUGGAACGGCACGUCGAUACUCGCGGAGUCGUGCGACGGCCCGGACCUCAACGGCUGCGACCUCGACCAGGAGCAGUUCAAGGGCAUCUUCGCCCGCUACGUCAUGUACUUUGCCCUGACCCUCGAGGGGUCGACGAUGGGCGCGUACGCCGCCGGCGCGCGCGACCUGCGGGCGUGGGCGGCGACGAACGCCGCGGCCAUCUGGGGCGACGACCGCGACGCGUCGGACCUCUCCGAGCUCUGGGCCGGCCCCUUCGCCGCGUCCCGCGGUGGACCGGGCGCCAUCAUGCAGGCGUCCGCCGCGGACGCGCUCCUCGCG